CACACGGGCAGGCCACACGGCCGUGUGGCAUACCCAGUUGCCCGUGUGAAGUCAAAACGCGGCGUUUCCAAUAAUUGCACUUCAGGCUACCUACACGGCCAGGCACACACGGUCGUGUAGCUCACCCAAUCUGCCCGUGUGAAGCCUCGCAAUAUCCCACACGGCCACAUUGCUCCUUCACAUGGCCGUGUGAGAUUUAUUCAUGCCCGUGUGAAGGCUCGCACAAUCCCACACGGCCACAUUGGUUACUUGCACGGCCGUGUGGGUUUUGUGUGUGCCCGUGUGGCUUCCUUAGCGACUCGCCUCACGUCUGAUCUUCGUCCAAUCGACCCCGAACUCGCUCCCAAACCUUCAUUCACGUACUAGGACCUGAAAUAUCACAAACAAGCACAACCUAGCGUGAAAUCGGCCUAAAACACGAGAAUCAACACCUCAAACGGCUCCAGAAUAGGGGCAAAAACAUGUGCAAUUAACGGUUUAUCAACAUGAUUCACCCUCCCCAUCACAAGAAGCUGCCUCUCCUUCCACUUCUGAUCCACCACCUUCAUCUACUUCCCCUCUUUUUACUACUCCAGCUCUAUUGAUUCCUUCUUCACCCCCUGUCUCACCCUCUGCUGAUGGGGGCCAGUCCAUACAUAUUCCAGAUGCAGCUGAGGCUGAUGAGGAUAAUGACACCAUGGCUUCUGAUUCACCCUAUAGUCCAGAGCACCAUGAGAUGGAUACAGAAUUAGAACCUCAAUAGGACUAUGAACCUCCUCCAGUAAGGCCACAGAGAUCUCAUAAGUCACCUGCCAGGUUUGAAAAUUGUGAACUGGAUCCUAAUCUCUGUUUUGGAGCCUUUGGAUCAUGUGCAGCAGCAUCUAAACACCCUACAUAUCUUGACUUGGACCACUUGAAUGUUGCUGACAGGGCAUUUGCUCUAAGUGUCAUUUCUCAGAUUGAACCAUCCACAUAUUAUGAAGCAAUGCAGUCUGAUGUAUGGAACAGGGCAGUGUAGGAGGAACUUGGUGCCUUAGAGCAAAACCAAAUGUGGGAUAUAGUGAAGUUACCAGAUGGCAAGAAGGCCAUUGGGUAUAAGUGGGUGUUUAAAAUUAAAAGGAGAGCAGAUGGUACUAUAGAGAGGUUUAAGGCUAGACUGGUUGCAAAAGGAUAUACUCAAGUCUAUGGAAUUGAUUUCCUAGACACCUUUUUACCAGUAGCUAAAAUCAACUCAUUAAAAGCACUCUUGCAGUUGCAUCUGUAAAGAACUGGACUUUGGAACAGCUAGAUGUUUCAAAUGCAUUUCUCCAUGGAGAUUUGGAAGAAGAGGUGUAUAUGAAAAUACCUCUGGGACUUUAUCUGCAGGGUGUUGAUCCAAAGGGAAUGGCUUGCAGGCUUAAGAAAUCACUGUAUGGCCUUAAGCAAGCCUCAAGUCAGUGGUUUGCAAGACUAACAGGGUUUCUACUGAAAAAUGUUUUUUCCCAAUCAGCUUCAGAUUACUCUCUCUUCACCAAAUGGAUACAUGGCAGAAUUGUGGUGUUAUUGGUUUAUGUAGAUGAUAUAAUCAUUGGUGGGGAUGCACCAAAGGACAUAGAAUAGAUAAAAAAAGGCUUUGAGCAAGGAGUUCAAGGUAAAGCUGUUGGGACCUCUACAAUACUUCCUGGGUAUGGAGGUAAACAGGACUGCAGAUGGAAUCAGUGUUUGUCAAAGGAAGUAUGCACUAGAAUUGCUAAAAGAUACUGGAUAUUUGGAAGCCAAAGGGUGCAUCACACCAUCAAAUCCUAAGGUGAAGCUUGCUGCUAACCAAGGAACACCACUGGAGGAUGGAGAGGUGUAUAGAAGAUUGAUUGGUAGGUUACAUUAUGUAACAAUUACCAGACCCGACCUGACAUACAUUGUCCAGCAAUUAUGUCAGUUCCAAAAACAGCCAUGUAGUGAUCAUUUACAAGCAUCCUACAGGGUGUUGAGGUACUUGAAGAACAACCCUGGACAAGGCAUACAUUUCAGCAGCAAUGCAGACCUGAAGCUAGUGGGAUUUACAGACUCUGAUUGGGCUAGUUGUCCAGACACUAGAAGAUCAACAACAGGGUACUGCACCUUCCUAGGGAGUUCUUUGUUGACCUGGAAAGGUAAAAAGCAGACCACAGUGUCCAGAUCUUCAUCAGAGGCUGAGUACAGGGCCUUGGCUCUUUUGGUUUGUGAAUUCGAGUGGUUGAAGUGAUUACUGGCUGAGUUAAGUGUGAAAGUCCCUUUACCUAUUUCAAUCUAUUGUGAUAACAGGUCUGCAAUACAUAUAGCAGAGAAUCCAGUAUUCCACGAGAGAACAAAGCAUAUUGAAAUAGAUAUGCAUGUGACCAGGGAACGCAUCAAGACUGGAUUGAUCAAGCUACAUCAUGUAAGUACAUUCAAUCAAUUGGCAGACCUGUUCACAAAAGGAUUGGAUAGAGCACGUAUGCAGAACUUACUGAUCAAGUUGGGAGUCAAAGUGACUGCCACAACUUAAGGGAGGCUGACAGAAUGGAAAUCCAGAUUGCAGAAGGAACGAAGGAGAAGAAGCAGGUCGAAACGUGUGAAUAAGAAGAAACGUUUUCAGCUGUCAUUGGAGUUUCAGGAUAGUUUUAAUAUUACUACGUCGUUUUAUAUGAGCACUUUUACUAUGCUAUAUAGUAUUGGUGCUUUAAUGUACAACUUAAAGUUGUACCAUAACAUUAAAUGUAUAAGUUUAGG